GUUUGACAGCUUGUGCUGUAGAGGAGCAGAAAAUCAAAACCUCGAAACAUGUCGGUCUUCCCUUGACUAUACGUUAUGUUUUCCAUAUUUCCAGCAUGACAGUUAGCGUAAUAAACCUCUGAUUGUGUAAUUCUGUAGAAGGCUACACACAUCGCAUUACAGUAAGAUGGAAACUCUGAUCCCCAUCAUUAACAGGCUGCAGGAGGUUUUCCUCACACUUGGAGCCGAGAUCAUCCAGCUGCCUCAGAUCAUAGUCGUGGGAUCACAGAGCAGUGGGAAGAGUUCAGUACUGGAGAGUUUGGUUGGACGAGACUUUCUUCCCCGAGGUUCAGGAAUAGUGACUCGUCGCCCUCUAGUGCUGCAGCUGGUGAACGUGCCUCCGCUGGAGGAGAGGCGCAAACCUGAAAAUGGAAAUGGAGCCAAACAAAACACCCAAAACAAUUAUCCAGGUAUCAAAGCAGAGGAAUGGGGCACCUUCCUUCACUGCAAAAACCAGACUUUCACAGAUUUCAGUGAAAUCCGGAAAGAGAUCGAGGAGGAAAUGGAUCGCAGCACCAAUAAUAAGGGCAUCAGUCGUGAGCCCAUUUACCUGAAGAUCUUUUCCCCUAAUGUACUCAGUCUGACAUUAGUUGACCUGCCUGGCAUCACUAAGGUCCCGGUUGGUGAUCAGCCUGAAGAUAUUGAGACUCAAGUCCAAGAGAUGAUUCUGUCAUACAUCUCCAACCCCAACUCCCUCAUCCUGUGUGUUUCUCCUGCAAACUCUGACCUCGCCACAUCGGAUGCCCUUAAACUGGCACGAGAUGUGGACCCAGAUGGUCGCAGGACGCUGCUGGUGGUCAGUAAGCUUGAUUUGAUGGACGCGGGGACAGAUGCUCUGGAGGUGCUGUUGGGGCGGGUUAUACCCGUGAGACUGGGCAUUAUUGGUGUGGUUAACAGGAGCCAACAUGACUUGAACACCCAAAAGAGUCUUUCCGACUCCUGCAAAGACGAGCAGGCAUUCCUGCAGCGCUAUUACCCGUCAUUAGCCUCCCGCUGCGGCUCCCGCUACCUGGCUCGCACCCUGAGCCGACUGCUCAUGCAUCACAUCAGAGACUGUCUCCCAGAGCUCAAGACGCGAGUCACAGUGCUCACGGCGCAGUACCAGUCCCGACUCAACAGCUACGGCCAGCCUGUGGAAGAUCACAGCGCCACCUUACUGCAGAUCGUUACCAAGUUUGCCAGUGACUACUGCAACACCAUCGAAGGCACUGCCCGGCACAUCCAGACCUCUGAAUUGUGUGGAGGAGCUCGUAUCUGUUACAUAUUCCACGAGACGUUUGGAAGAACUCUGCAGUCUAUUGACCCACUUGGAGGACUCACUGAGCUAGACAUUCUCACAGCUAUUCGAAACGCUACGGGUCCUCGGCCUGCGCUGUUUGUUCCUGAGAUCAGUUUUGAGCUGCUGGUGAAGAAACAGAUCAAGAGACUGGAGGAGCCCAGCCUGCGCUGUGUGGAGCUCGUACACGAGGAGCUUCAGAGAAUCAUCCAGCACUGCUCUGCCUACAGCACACAGGAGCUUUUGCGGUUUCCCAAACUGCAUGACUCAAUAGUGGAGGUUGUUACCAGCUUACUCAGGAAACGCCUGCCCAUUACCAAUGAGAUGGUUCAUAAUCUAGUUGCAAUUGAGUUGGCCUAUAUAAACACCAAGCAUCCUGAUUUCACAGACGCUGCCCAAGUGUCUGCAUCUGUCAACAGCCAGCAGGCGGAGGCUGGGGAUGGAGGUAAGCUAUGGAAGAAUGAGAAGAUGCCUUCAGAGGAGAAAGGCCCUGUGCUGGGGUUUGGGAGUCCCAAUAAAGCCAUCAACCUGCUGGACACGGCCGUGCCAGUGUCCCGCAAGCUGAGCACUCGAGAGCAGAGGGACUGUGAGGUCAUCCAGCGGCUCAUCAAGUGCUACUUCCUGAUCGUGCGCAAGAUCAUCCAGGACAGUGUGCCAAAGACGGUGAUGCACUUCCUGGUGAACUUUGUGAAAGAGCAUUUGCAGAGUGAGCUGGUGGGUCAGCUCUACAAACAGCGUCUGCUGCAGGAGCUACUCAUCGAGUCUCAGGAAACUGCUCAGCAGCGCACAGAGGUUGCACAGAUGCUGGAGGCGCUCAAGAAAGCCAGUAACAUUAUCUCAGAGAUCCGGGAGACUCAUCUUUGGUAGCCAAACGUCCUCAUUAACAUUCAGUCCAGGAAAGUGUUUACAUGUUUGUGCGUGCUGUAUGUGUGAGUGUGUGAUAUAAAUCAAAUACUCCAUCUGAAGAAAUGCAAUGCCUCUGCCAGCAUGAACAAUCAACAAAAUGUGUACAGUUUUACAAAUGCUCCUUGUUUCUACUAUAUAUGCACUGAAUUCAUGUUUGAGGUCAAAAGUGUGUGUGUACUCAGACAUAGUGAACAUAUCAAGUCUGUGUCGUUAUCUUCAUGCUUAUCAGUCCUAAACGUCUCGUAAUGGUUUUUCGCCAUCAUGACAAAUACUCUUUUAUUUAGCAUUAUACGAAUUAAGUAGAGUCUCAAAUGCUACUGAGUUUCCCAAGGACAAUCGAGCUCUCAUAGUCUCACAUGGUUGAUAACAGGAAUCACACAACAAUGAACAUUUGUAUUUUUUCAUCAUUUACACAAUGUUAUUCCGAACCGUCUGCUACUAUAGAAAAUGUUCACACUGCUUUGUUUUUCCAUUCAGUGAAAACAUCAAAGGCUUUCAAGCUGUGAAAUGAAAUGGACUAAAAAGCGUCAUAAAUGUACCAUAAAUCAUCAUAAAUGUAGUCGAUGCGACUCAUUCAUUUACUGUAGUUUUAUGUCGGGAACAGACUGAAAGUGAAAUGACAUGACGGUGUGACAGAUUUGAGUGAACUAUUCCAUUCUUGUGCUGUAAAUGUCAUGUAAAAAAUGUAGUGUCCAGGUCUACAGUAAAUAUAAGAAACAAAGGCCCGCCCCUUUAUUAGAUUCGGUCAAAUUUGUGCAUGUCGGCACAGUUGUAUGCUACAUAUAAGCUUAAGUUUAUUACAGCCAAUAUGGGCUAAAAACAAAAGCAGUGAUAAUAUAUUGAUAAUGUGAAUGAGAUUAGACAAAUGAAAAUCAGUUAUAUUACAUUUAAAAUAAUUAAUGAUGUAAUACGUGUCUAGAUAUGGUGCAAAUAAAUGGUAGUGCAAUGCGAAGAGCCACAGAACAAAGAGCUGUUGUGUUUGGUUGUGCUCUGAAACACUUCAGACCGCGCUUGGAUGUGCCGGAGACUUGACUGGCAUGUAAUAUUUAUGCUUGUAUGAAUAUUUAUUGUGAGAGUGAGUACGCCUGUGUCAAAGAAGGUCACAUGAGACAGAACAAAGAUCUGAAAACAAUGGCAGUUUAAAGCAGUGAACACUAAGAGUGAACGGUGUUUAGUGGCAGAUACCAACUGUGCGAAAUGUACAGCCAGCGCAAAUGUGGCCAGAGGGGCUGUGGAGAAUUUGCUAGAAUUUGUUGUAUUGCCUGCUAAAACCAGUGUUAAAGUGUGUGGGGGUUUAUGUGGGGGACAAUGUUGCAAAUGUUUUUAAUUUAUUUCUUGUGAUGGGACACAUUAUGCUUCUCUAGCAACCAGUUAAUCAUAAAAAUAGAUGAAGACAGAGAGAAGGGGAAUUAUUAACAAACAUAUUUAUAUACAUCGUCAAAAGUAAUAAGCAUGUAUUUCUCGUUGACCUUAAACUUUAUACUGUUGAAUAAUAUUAUACAUAUAUAUGAAAUCUGCACUACAGUCUGGUCCUAAAUAGUUACUGGCGUUGUGGUGAAUCUCAUGGAUUCUGUCACUAACAUAUUCAGGGCAUAUUUCACACUAAAAUUUUUAGAAAAUAUGAAAAUCAUAUUUUUCAUCAUGAAAGCAUAUUACUACGUUAAAACAUUUGCGCUGUAAAAAUUUAGCACAAUUCCCCAAAUUACCAUUAUAUAAAUUGAAGAAAUAAUCUUAUUCACAUAUUCACAAAAGAAUACUGCUAACAUUACUAUAAUGCAUUUUGAAGUUAAGAAAAUCACAUUUUUAUUUUUGUAAUGAAGGAAGAAAAAUCGAAUCCUCAUUACCAUAGCAAAAAACAACAACAACAACAACAACAACAAAAAUCUUACUCCCACAAUACAAAAACAAGAAACAAAAAAUGAUAAAAAUGUCUUUCUUACUAACCCAAAGCAGUGUGAUUAGCAUUAUGAUGGUUGUUCUACUCUGAAUUAUGGAACUAUUUUAAAUAUUCUCAUUAUCACCCAAUUGAUAAAUUGAUAAAUAUGAUAAUUUUUUAUUACUCUGAUACAGUAAAUUGUUGUUACAUUAAUAAAAUGUUUAAAACAAAACAUUUAAACACCAUAAAUUUAAACCACCCUACCUUGAAUUCGUAUAAAUUCUUUACAAUAAAAAAAGAAUAAUAAUUUCACAUCACAGUACUGGCAGUUUGGGGGGAAAUGUGCUUAAUUAUUAUGAUUAAGUCCAAAAUAGGUUUAAUUUUCUUUAACCAAAAAAAUCAUUAUUAAUUUCGUUCUGUACGUGUUGGUGAAAUAUGACCAGGAUAGGCUAUAAAACACUGUCAGUCUCCAGUCCCUGUGUGUCUAGCGUUCUUUAGUUGUCUUCCAGUGUGUUUUAUCUAUAUAACUCAUGUAGCCUUCCUGUUGAGCAUGUGUCCACAUUCAUACUGUACAUGUGAGAAGCAGAGGAAGUUGAGAGGUUUGCUGUGAAGCAUUUUAAAUAACCUGCCAUUUCUUGACAAAUGCCUUUAAGCACUUGCCUGCCAUUUUAUUUUUGUGAUACAUGUUGAUGUAGAGUUCACUGUUCAGAUCAUCAUUAAAAUUAAAUGAAAAGCU